UGUUAAAAGAAAAGGAAGGCAAGAAGCAGUCAAAACUUCCAAUUCCAGUCCUCCAAAAAAUCAGAUAGCCAAUAGAUAUCGUUUACUCUCCACCGUAUUCUUCGCCUCUCGGUCUUCGGUGUAUAUCUCCUGAACGACCUCCACCGAGGCCAGUUUGUCGUGUCCCUCCAGCACGGCCUUCGUCUUUCUGCUCACCAUUUCCCCUCACCGUACCUCUGGCAUCUUCUCUGGAGACCGGGCUUUCGUUUCCUGCCAUCUGAUAUUGUCUUGGUGGGGAGAUCUCCUUUUCAGUAGAUAGAUACCUAGGCCAAGGGACGACCGAUCGAUUUCCUCUCUCCCUCGUUCACGAUCCAAAUUAAGAACUUUUUUUCUUUUCCGAGUUUCAAAUUCAUUCUCUGCUCUGAGAGAAAAGAGACCGAGAUUUUCGAGGAUCGUUAAGGUUUUGUAAAUCAGAGCCUUUGUUGUUUUUUGUUCUGAAGCCAAUAAAAUUUUCAGAUCAAGAAAAUUGCUGAGACUCCACCAAAGAAUCAAGCCCGUUCCUUUUCUUGGAAAGCCACCCUUUUUCCGUUGAACCAAACACCAAAAUCCUUCCCCAUUCGAUAAAAAUCUCAGCCUUUACUAUCAAUUUCUUGUACCCAUUUUUCUCUGAUGAUAACCAAUUAUGUCUAGCCAACUCAUCCCUCGCCCGCAGUCGUCAAACCGCCGCCAACCGCUCCUAACGACCCAAGCCUUAUCGGGGGGGUCCCGUCUCGCCGAGGUAGCGGGCGGUACCACAGCUGAGUGCGCUGCCGUGUGCUGCUGCUGCCCAUGCGGGCUCGUGAACCUUCUGUACCUGGCCAUCUACAAGUUCCCGGCGGGGCUGUGCCGCACGAUGAGGAAGAAACGCCGGCAACAUCUGGUAAAGAAGGGCCUGCUGCCACCUCGGAGACGCCGGUGCUCGUGCGGGGUCGACGAGACCGGGAAACAGAUUCACCCGGUGGUGGCCGUUGACGGACUAAUGUCGGAGAUGAAGUCGGCGCAGACGGAGGAAUCGGAGAGGGAGGUUAUGAAGCUUGAGAAGGAAAUGUGGGAGAAGUUUUACAGUACUGGGUUUUGGAGAAGUCCUUCCCAGAGGGAGUCGUCCCCUCAACGAUAGAGGAGUGGUCCCUGGCAAAUAAAUGGUUGGGUGGGCUUUGGAUUUUUGUUCUGAUUCGUUUGCUUUGUUACCGCUGGAAGAGCAGAGCAAGUGUGGGAGCUACAAUCCAAGUGAUCCAGUUUCAUUGCGUUCAAAAGGGAAAAUCUUCCUUGCAGCCUGUAGAUUUUUGUGUGCAGUCUUUUGUAUCUAGUCACGACAUGGGGGACCCUAGAUUUGGCUUGCAUACUGCUUUCUUUUAGAAUCAGUUUUAAAUUAUGUGUUCUGGUUCUGGGACGGACAUUCAUUUCAGAUCAAGAAGUGCUGCUGUUUCACAUGAUGACAACUUUAUUGAAGUGGAAUCACAUGUCAAGAAAUCUCCCACCUUUACUGUGUCCUUUAAUGUUGUGAUGUUUGCUUGAACGAUCUUAUUGCGUGUCAGAAGCAGCAUUUGUACUUUUUUUUUUUUUUUUCUAAAACUCCAUUAAAGGGGCCAGUCCUUUCUCAUUCACUGCCUUAUCAUUAAUGGGUCACCAUACAGCAUGGUACAUGUAACACGAUCGCAUUCCCAAGUGGCUUGGAACUGAACUGCAAGUGGUGUUUCUGGUUGCGCAUUUAAAACUGUUCCUUUUAUGUUCCAUUUUUUCACCUCAAAUAACAGAGAAAACUAGUGACAGUUGUA